GGCACUGUUUACCGCACAGGACAUCAGAUACUCGAUAUCGCUCACUUGCCACGGGUCUGCUGCUAGCUACCGUUAAUUAAAUAGCUGUUAUGUGGUGACAUUUACCUGGAGUAAGCCAACCUUUGAAACGAAAACCCACCGACGAAAAGGAGGACGAAUCACAUAAAAAAAAGAAAGUUUUGUGAGAAAUGGAGGUUUGUAGAUAACGUAGUUUCAAGAGGCUGGCUACAGUAUGAUGCUGAGGCUGUGGUGAUGAGUUGUUCUGUGUGUCGCCAGUAUGCUAAAGUUAAAAGCAGAAACAACUAAUUUGUCAUCGGAAAUAAAACAAUGAAGCUGGAGAACAUUCGUGACCAUGAACACAGCAAGUGUCACAUUGCCUGCAUGUCUGUGUCCCGGGCUUAAAUCAGAACCUCUCCUCUUGACACCCUCUGUGAUGGCGCUAAUGGGAAUGUCAGAGCAUUGUUUAGGACUGUACAUGCCAUUGGCAAGAAGGCGAGACCACUUUCUGUUUUCAACUGGAUGUGCGAUUUGGAUGAAAAAAAAAAGGAAUCGCUAUGGGCUCAACAUGUAGAAAUGAGAAGCAGGCCAAAGAGUUCAUGCACCAUAUUGCAGAGGUGGAGAGAAACAACAUCAGAGAGAAUCUGAAAAACACCAAAUUUCUCUCCCUCAUGUCAGAUGGCUCCACAGACAGUUCUGUGAAAGAGAAGGAGCUAGUUUGUCAGAUUCUGUCACAAGGGAAAGAUCGAGUCGAAGUUUGUUGGCAUCAAGUCAGUUGAGAAGGCAGACGUGGCACACAUAAGCACCGCCAUCAGUGCCAUCGUGAAGGGAGUGUGUGAUGAGUGGGGAAGCAAGUUGGUCGCUCUGGGAACAGAUGGAGCUGCUGUGAUGAUCGGAGCCAAGAAUGGUGUGGUCAGCCGGCUGAAGGGGGACAGGGCCUACAUCAUCGACAUCCACUGUAUGGCACACCGCCUUGAACUGACCUUUUCUGAUGCCAUCCAGUCCAACGUGAUGUUUCAGAAAGUAGAAGACCUCCUCAGUGGGCUCUACACCUUCUACCACACCAGUCCACUGAACAGGGCAAACCUGGUAAACAGCUUCCAGGCUCUUGGGCACACACCACUGGUGCCCACCAGAAUUGGCGGGACCCGAUGGGUACGACACCUAUUGCGUGCACUGGACCACUUCCUGCGAGGUUACCAGGGGCUUGUCCAGCACCUGGAACACAUUCAAUCUGCUGAUGACCAAAAUGUCUGAGGUGUCCAGCAGGCCAAGGCCAGGAAAUACUACAGUACUGCGAGGGAGGCUGUUGUUAUCCGCUUCUGUGGCUUCCUGCAUGACACACUAACACACCUAAGCAACCUGUCUGCCUGUCUGCAGAGGUCCACCAUCACCAUAGCAGAAGCCCACAGCUCCUUGUGCUCAACACAGGCAGUACUUAAGAAGUACAAAACCAGAGAAGGGCCCAUGAUGAAGUCCACAAUGAAUUUUGCUGACAAGAGGUGACAGCAAGACCCUCAUCACAUCACAGGACAAAAUGCUUCACAGGCUAAUCGAGAGUAUGACUGACAGGUUCCAGGACGACAGUGUAGGGGUCCUGUGUGCCACCAUGCUGGUCAACUUCACCAACUGGCCAGAGUCAGGAGAUGAAGCAGCAGAUUUUGGUGACACUGAACUGGAAACCCUGGUGGACCACUUCAAGCCUGUCCUGGAGACCUUUGGCAUCCACGUUGAAAGGAUCCCUGACCAGUGGACUGUCCUGAAGGUGCUGAUGUACCAAGAGCCCCAGUCCCUGCAGAAGAUGUCCUGGUUCCGUGUCAACAGGGGCCAUCAGCAAUCCUGCCCUGAUUUGCUGGCAUUGGUUGACCUGGUCCUGUCCUUCCCUGCCUCCACAGCUGAAUGUGAAAGAGGUUUUAAUACCAUGAAACAGGUGAAAACCGAUUGUUGGUCUAACCUAAAGUCUGAUACACUGUCAGAUCUCCUUAUUGCCCAGCUGUCCUCUCCAGAGAUCAGGGAGUAUGAUCCGAUAAAAGCUUGGAUGCUGUGGCACAAGGACUCUGUCAGGAGCAGGAAGCCAGACUUCAUGGACUGUGCAAAGAGGGUGAUUGCGGUAGAGAGUGAAGAGUCUGAUGAGGAGGUUUAAGUUGAUUUAAAAUGGUUAAGGAUCUGAUAGGUUUACAAAACCUUCAAAUGUACUUUUAUGUUUGAUCUUUAAGUACAUUUAAUAGCAAAUACUUCAGUAGAAUUUUGAGUUCAAGACUUGUAUUCAGUUGUAUUCAGGCUGGGAAAUUAAAUCUAGCCACAGCUAAAAUGAACCAUCAUCUGAUAAGUCUCUAUUUUACCUGUAUUUUAUCAGGGUAUUUCUACUCAAAUUAAAGGAUUUGUAGACCUGCUUCCCCUUUGUAUCAGGAGAACAAGUCCACUGUACUUCUCUUAAUUGUGUCUUACCAUUAUUGUUGCCCUGUUUUGACUUCUAUGUACCGGUACUCUUAUUCAUUGGAUCUAAUAUGUUUUGUUUAUUUCAUUGUGUGCCCACUGUUUGCCGUUUUUGCACUCUGUACAGCACUUUUGUUGAACUACAGUCGUUUUUAAAUGUGCUCUACAAAUAAACUUCAUUUGAUUA